AUGAAAAAAUUUAUCGAUGGUUACCAAGCGGUGGAUAAUAAAACUAGUUCAAGUCAGGAAUCGACUAGACUAUUCUAUCAUGUCGAAUCAGAAGAGCAUGUUAGCAUGGAUGAUAUUUAUAGGAGAAGAAGUAGUUCAGACACAAGUUCAAUCCAAGGAUAUCAAAAUAUAGUUGAUGCAAGUGAAAUAAUGGAAAUGAAAAGCAUUCCUAUUAAUGAUGCUGGUGAUGGCAACUAUGAUGAUCAUAGUUUGCUUUUAAAGAUAGACAAUCAUAAGGAAAAUGAUAAAUCUGGCAUUGCUUUAUCCUCGUUUAACAUUAUGAAUACUAUCUUAGCUACGGGCAUCUUGGGAAUACCCUAUGCUUUAAAGCAAGCAGGAUUUGUUAUGGGCUUAAUUAUUCUCCUGCUUGUCGCAGCUAUAUCAGAUUUUACAGCAUUAUUAUUGAUCAAGUCCGGCAGAUUAGCCAGUCAGAGCUCUUACCAGAAUCUUGCCAGGGCUGCCUUUGGUAAUAUGGGUUAUUAUCUUGCACUAGUCUGCCAGUUUUUAUUCCCUUUUCUUGGUAUCGAUGAUUUCCUUAAUAUGUUUAGCCGUCUUAGUGCUGGCAGUUCUUAUCCGUAUGUCGACAUUGAAACCGCUAAUCUAUCCCAUCAUAAUUGUUAUACUAUGCCUUGGUUUGAUAGCCCAGAAACUCCUCACGCUUGGCAGUUUGCUACUCUCAAUAUUCCGCAGGCUAUUGGAAUUACUGCAUUUGGUAUGGCAUAA